UUAGGUAGAAUACGCAUCCCUGCGCACUAUAGCAAUCCCCACCAUUAAAUACUAUUAACACCGUUUGCUUCCACUGAAAAUUAUCAUUUUUAUUUAUUAAUUUUCCCUCAUUUCCGAUCGGCGAUCGACGGGAGCCUCCAAAAUCCUCGCCGCCGAUUCACCAAAAAUUCCCACCCGGACUAUGACCCACCAGCCAACCCAAGACCCAAUCCAUUAAUCAUCCUCUUAAAAAACCCUAAAUCCUUAAUAAUUAUUGUACUAUCUCCACUUUGUUAUCGUCUAUAAAAUAAGCAGCAAAAAGGAGUUUGUGUUUUUGUGCGUGUGAAACUUCAUAGUACACUGAGAUUCACGAAAUCAGGUCACUGUCUUGAUUUUCUCGAGCUCCCAAGUACACGUGGCGAUCUGGGUCUUGCUUCACUUCCCAUUUCACUGUUCAAAUCAAAGUUUUACGCUGAGUAUUCUUGAAGCUCGAUGCUACAAGGACCUAAACAUUCUGACAAAAUAUUUGCAGAGAAGAAAAUGUGGUUAUGCAUGAGAAUUGGGUGUCUUAUGACGUUAUGCAUGCUGAGCUGGUCAUAGCUUUUGCGUCAAGAUUUUGGCUUUAUAAGUUAAUUGAAUUUCCACAUGGAAGCCAAUGUAGAGGAGGCCCUUAGAGCAAAAGCGAUUGCUGAGAAGCGAUUUGCUGAAAAAGACUUUGCUGGUGCGAAGACUUAUGCUCUAAAGGCAAAAAAUCUGUGUCCUGGACUGGAGGGUAUAUCUCAGAUGGUGGCCACUUUUGAAGUUUAUAUUGCAUCUGAGGUUAAAUGCAAUGGCGAAAUUGAUUAUUAUUCAGUUCUUGGAUUGAAGCCUUCUGCAGACAGGGAUGCAGUGAAAAAGCAGUACCGGAAGAUGGCUGUGUUGCUUCACCCUGAUAAGAAUAAAACUGUGGGAGCUGAUGGGGCGUUUAAACUUGUAUCUGAAGCAUGGACCAUGUUGUCAGAUAAUCUUAAGCGGAGCUCUUAUGAUCUCAAGAGAAACAAGCAGAUGGCAUCUUGUGUUGUGCAGACAAACUUAUCUUCUGUUCAUACUACUGGGGUCACAGGAUAUAACAAUUGUUCCAAUUCUUCAAGUUCUCAUGGACUUGACACCUUUUGGACUGUAUGCACUUCUUGUAAAGUUCAAUAUGAGUAUCUACGGAAGUAUGUGAAUAAGAGACUUUCAUGUAAGAACUGUCGAGGUACUUUCAUUGCUGUCGAAACUGGGACAGCUCCAGUUAGUGGUUCUUUUCCUUACUGUCCCUGGUCAUAUGUUCCUGGUAGCGGGUAUGGAAGUCAUGGAUAUGAUGGAGUUACAUAUGUCCCAACCACUGCUGCUGUAUUUACAGGCAAUGGGGCUUCAGGAUUACACACUGGACAUGGAUAUGAGUAUGUUUCAAAUGUGUCAUUUCAGUGGAGCUCAUUCUCUGGAACUUCUUCUGGAGUUGUGGGUCAUAAUGGAUCGUCUGCUGUAUCCACUGAUGCUGUUUAUCAGGUUAAUGGAAAUGCUGCUGGAGCAAAAGCUAAUCUUAAAACAUCAGCCAAUGGAAAGCGUUCCAUUAAAGCUGCCAUUAGUAACAUGAAUUCAAGUGUCUCUGCCAGCUACAAUGAAUCUUCAGGUUCCAAGGCUGUUAGACCUGAUAAGAAAAGGAAGGUUGUUUUCGAAGCCAACUUUAGGAAUGGAUAUGAAGAAAAGGGAUUGAAUUCUGCUCCAGAAGCGGGAUUGGCUAAUGGAAAUGCCAGCGCCGAGCAUAACCCAAAGCUUUCCAAUCCAAAUGAACUCCCAGCAAGACGCAUCUCAAUUGCACCUGCUUUUGAUGCUAGGAAGUUGUUGAUUGACAAGGCAAGGACUGACAUUCGUAAGAAAUUAGAAGAGAUCAGGUCUGCUGCCAUUGCAGCUGCUGCAGUUAAACAGAAAGCACAAGAUCAAUCCAGAGAGGCAGGAGUUGGUCCUAAAUGUGAUCAUUCAGAUGUUUCUGGCCGUCAAAUAAAGCCAUCUAAAGCUGGGCCAAUCUCAAUAACGGUGCCUGAUCCUGAUUUCCAUGAUUUUGACAAAGAUAGAUCAGAGGAAUGCUUCAAGCCAAAGCAAAUAUGGGCUAUAUAUGAUGAAGAUGACGGCAUGCCUCGCUUGUACUGUUUGAUCCGCCAGAUUAUCUCAGUUGAACCCUUCAAGAUUCUCAUCACUUACUUAAACUCUAAAACUGAUAGUGAAUUUGGGCCAGUGAAUUGGAUAGAUUCUGGGUUUACUAAAUCUUGUGGGCAGUUCAGAGCAUGGAAUACUGAUAUUGUCGAUCAAGUGAACAUUUUCUCUCAUGUUUUGAAAGGGGAGAAAGCUGGCAGGGGUGGUUGUGUUCGUAUAUACCCCAAAAGAGGAGAUAUUUGGGCUGUUUAUCAAAACUGGUCACCUGAUUGGAACAUAUCAACCCCGGAUGAUGUGAGGCAUCAAUAUGAAAUGGUUGAGGUUCUUGAUGGUUACUCGGAAGAGCUUGGAGUCUGUGUCGCUCCUCUUGUCAAGUUGGCAGGUUUCAAGACAGUAUACCAGAGGAACACAAACAAGGAUGCUAUUAGAUGGAUUCCUAGGAGAGAGAUGUUACGCUUUUCUCACCAGGUACCAUCUUGGUCACUUGAAGGAGAAGCGAGGAAUUUGCCAGAUAAGUGUUGGGAUCUAGAUCCAGCUGCAACUCCAGACGAACUACUUCAUGCUGCAACAGAAGCCAAGGAUUAGCCAAACACGGUCAAGCAGGAAAGCAUGGUUUAUUUGAAGUUGCAUUUAUCAUUUUUAUAGAAAAUUUUUAGGUUGACUGUACAAUAUUUCACACUUGGUUCAAGGCCAAUGCAACAAUAACUCUAUAUGAUUUCUAGAUAAUUGAUGUUUACUGAGGAAGGUUGUGACUGGAAUUCUGAGUCCAUUGACUGCUCAUUGACAGAAAUAUACUUCUGUUCAAUGAGGCUGUUGUAACAUUUAUUGAGUUGUUACAGCUGAUAUCGAACUCAACAGAAAUGUAAUCUUUGUAUGUUGGGCCACAAUUCAAUGCCAAAGAAUUGCAAGGCUCAGUGCAAUUCAACUGCUAGCCCCCUGAAUUUA